CCUGGCUCCGGUUGACUCAGUCGCUCGCUUAAGACCAUCUUCCAGCUCCCAGCAAGCGAUAAACCCUUGCUCAGCUAGCGGGUUGCUUCUUGACAUCGGACCCCCUCUGCUGAAGGUUUAAUUUAAUUUAAUCAGUGGCCUUAGCCCCCCUCCAAAAAACAUGUAGCAAGACUGACAUGGCAGCAAUCGGCUGGGACUGGCUUCUUCCAUGGGGCCCUGAUCCCCUUUUGGGCACGUUUGCGCAGGCACCUGGAUGAAGCAGAAGCAGCCCAAGAGCAGUGACCCCCGACCGGCCGCAGCCCCGCGGGAGAAAGGCAGGCAGCCGGCCACUGGCGGAAGCUGGAGCUUGCAGCGCAGCUUGGGAAGUGCCUGUCCAGCCAAAGAGCCUGCGAUGUGCAGGGCUGCAGCCUGAGCCAGCCCGACGGGGGCCUGGGUUGCAGGAAGGGGACUCGCUGCCGGGUCCCUGGAGAAAGGAAGAAGGGCCCAGCCUCUCCCCCCCCGCCUGCACUAGCGAAACCUCUUGGGACAUCUGGCGCCUUGUGGCAGAGCAAGGCUUUGUGUAAAGCACUGGUCAGCACAGCAACGCCCCCAACCGAGGACAUUGACUCCCCCAAACUGGACCCCCUCCUGGAGCCCCGGCCCUCCACCGCUGCCCCUCCGGGGCCUUGCUCCCUGGUAGGGCCCUGCUCUCCAUCCCCCCCUCCUGCUGCACCCUGCCGGGCAUCGUGCCCCAGUUCCCCCUCUGCUCCAGGGCAUUGCACCCCGGGUGCAUUGCCCGCCCCCUUCCCCAGGGAGCUGCCUCCAGCUGGCAGAGCCAUGAAGCUGCAGGCCGUGAUGGAGAACCUGCAGCGGCAACAGCGAGCCCGCCUGCAGCAGGAGCUGGAGGCACGGCAGCAACAGGAGCAGCCGCCGCGGCCACGCUCCACACCUCCGCCGCCGGUGCAGCCCCCGCCACCAGUCCCCGGGCACAACGCUGCCCUUGCUGCAGCGGCCUCGCCGCUGGCACGGAGCCGCAGCCAGGACCCAGCCCUCGCUGAGGAAAGCACAGAGCCGGAGAGUGCCCGGAUGCAGCGGGCACAGAUGGCUGCCCUGGCUGCCAUGCGGGCUGCAGCCGCUGGCCUCAGCCACUCGUCCAGCCCAGGCGCAUCGGAUGAGAGCCAGGCCGAGGAGGAAGAGGAGGACGAGGAGGAGCGGGGCGAGGAGGACGAGGACGGUGACGGCGGGUACCAGCAGGACAUGGGCUCUGAGGAUGAUGAUGACCUGAAGCGCAAAUGGGAUGAAGGCGACUUUGAGGAGGACUUGGGGGAGGAAGAGGAUGAGGAGGAAGAGGAGGACGAGGAGGAGGAAGACGACUAUGAGGAGGAUGAAGAGAUGGGGGAAGAAGGGCUCGGCUCAGCCGAGGCGGUGAGAGCGGGGCAGGGCUCCCUGCUCCUCCGCAAGCAGCAGGCCCCUCAGCAGUACCGGGGAGAGCCGCAGAGGUUGCCUGGGGGGCAGGACCGCCUCUCGUCGGGAUUGAGCCAUCAGGGGCACUCGCAGCUGCAGCAGCAGGCGCCAGACCACGGAGACUGGACCUACGAGGAGCAGUUCAAGCAACUGUACGAGCUGGACAGCGACCCCAAGAGGAAAGAGUUCCUGGACGACCUCUUCAGCUUCAUGCAGAAGCGAGGGACCCCUGUGAACCGGAUCCCCAUCAUGGCCAAGCAGGUGCUGGACCUGUACAUGCUCUACAUGCUGGUGACCGAGAAGGGCGGCCUCGUGGAAGUGAUCAACAAGAAGCUGUGGCGGGAGAUCACCAAGGGGCUCAACCUGCCCACGUCCAUCACCAGCGCUGCCUUCACGCUGCGGACCCAAUACAUGAAGUACCUGUACCCCUACGAAUGUGAGAAGCGGGGGCUGAGCAACCCCAACGAGCUGCAGGCCGCCAUUGACAGCAACCGGCGAGAGGGCCGGCGGCAGAGCUUUGGCGGCUCCCUCUUCACCUACUCGCCCAGCGGCACCCACAGCAUGCUGUCCUCCCCCAAGCUGUCAGUGCCUGCCCUGGGGCUGGCCAGCGCAACCAACGGCAGCCCCAUCACCCCGGUGCAGAAGAUCAAGAAAGAGGAGGACACCCCCAUCCCCAUCUCCGUGCCCAGCCGCCUCCCUGUGUCCCUGGCCGGUCACCCCGUGGUAGCAGCGCAGGCCGCAGCCGUGCAGGCCGCUGCAGCUCAGGCUGCUGUGGCCGCUCAAGCCGCCGCCCUGGAGCAGCUGCGAGAGAAACUGGAGUCUGGGGAGCCCCCCGAGAAGAAGAUGGCGCUGGUGACGGACGAACAGCAGCGGCUGAUGCAGCGCGCCCUGCAGCAGAACCUCCUGGCCAUGACGGCUCAGCUGCCCAUGAGCAUCCGCAUCAACAGCCAGGGCACCCGCUCGCCAGCAGAAAACCGGCAGGAUUCCAGCCUGAAUCUGGGCAGCAACGGCACCAACAGCAUCAGCAUGUCGGUGGAGAUCAAUGGCAUUGUCUACACAGGUGUGCUGUUCGCCCAGCCCCCCGGCCCUUCGUCCUCCUCGCUGCCUCCCUCCACCUACAACAAAGGCAACACCAGCACCAGCCGCAGCAGCAGCGGAGCAGGCAGCGCCCCUCCGGCAGCUCCCCCGGCGGGUUUGUCAGCCCCUCCGACCUCGACCUCCAAUAACUCUUCGCCUUAGCCACCCCCUUCCUCCCCCCCACCCCGCGGCAGCGCCUCAUCUCGCCAAAACCCUAAUAAAACCCAGCCGUACAGAGUGCUCCGAUCACAGCUAACGCCAAAAAAAAAAAAAAAAAAAAAAAACCCAAGAGCCGCUUGCCUCUGGCUUUCCAGGGCAGGGGCUGUUCACUCUCAGCCCCCAGAGGGUUUGGGAUGAAAAUGAGCAAAAA